GAGUGAGUCCGCAGCUUCCAAGGGGCCCUUCCCUGCGGCCACAGGGAGUGCUCAGCCUGGAGAGGCCGUGCUGGAGCUGCCCCGUCCACCCUGGCAGUGCCCAGGCCAGGCUGGACGGGGCUGGGAGCACCCUGGGCCGGUGGAAGCUGUGGGGAUGUUAUGGCAGCAGAAUUGGAGGAGUUUCUCUCCUCUCACUCCCAACCCAAAUGAUCCCUCAUUCCCUGAUUUCCACGAUUCCCUGAUUCUCCUCCAAGGAGCAGCUGCACGUCUGACCAGGAGCUCCUUGUCCUGCUCAGUGACCCUUCCUGACUUUCCCAUCCCCAACUCCACGUUCCCCUUUCCCUCUCAGUUCCCCUCCGGGCUCUGUCCUUGCGCACGAGGCUGCGCACGAGGCUGCGGGGGCUCAGCCUGGGGGUGGCCUCAUGCUCUUCCCUCACCCAGGGUCCCUUCCAUGAGCCCCCCAUGAGCCUUCAAACACCCCCUGCCCUGAUGGGCUUCAGUGUCUGGGCUCGGCAACUUCAUCCCUCCCUGAUCCCGCCUUGAUCCCACCCUGAUCCUGCCUUGAUCCCAGCUUUUCAUCCCAUCUUCAUUUCCCCUUUUCAUCCCUCCUUCAGCCCACCUCCAUCUCACUUCCAGCCCAUGCUCAGAACUCCUUCACCCCAACUUCAUCCCACCUCCAGCCCGUGCUCAGCCUCCCUUUAUCUUUCCAUCUCACCUCCAUCCGACAUUCCCCCUCCUCCAUCCCACCCCAUCUCAUGUUCCCUCCCUGCUUUCUCUCCCCAGCGAGCGCCAGCGACACCGAGGAGGUGAUCGGGGUCCUGGGCAGGUCUGUGACCUUCCGCACCCACAACACAGACAAAAGUGCAGCAUUCUGGAAUUUUGGGAAUGAUCCCAUAGUGACUGUGGCAUUUGAGGACCCUCCUCGACCGGUAUUUUCUAAAGACAAAUUCCAAACCCGUUUUGCCGUCUCCGAGAAGGGCCGUGUGCUCACCAUCCCCCAGCUGAGGAUGGAGGAUGCCGGGACCUACUCUGUAAUCAUUGAUGGAAAACGAUCCACCUUCACCCUCCAGGUGUUCGGGGAGCUGGCAGAGCCCACGGUGACCUGCGAGGCCCAGAACUGCUCGGACGGGAGCUGCAGCUUCUCCCUGCGCUGCUCCGCGCCCGGCGCCGGCCUCGGGAACGUCUCCUACAGCUGGAGGGUGCGGGAUCAGCCGUGGGACGGGGACUCCGUGGUGCUGCGGGUGAACGAAUCAUCCCGGGAGGAGCCGGAGCCGCUGACGUGCACGGCACGGAACCCCGUCAGCAGGAGCAAUGUCACCGUCAGCACCCCCGGGGUGCUCUGCUCAGGUGCCGUCUCCAGCAGCCAGGUCGGGGUCGGGGUCGGGGGCGGGAUCAUCAUCAUGCUCGGGAUUUUAGUUGCGGUGCUUUUAUCGAUUUACCUCGUGUUCUUGUGGAAAUCCAGAGGCUUGAGAAAAUCCCUUCUCUUCAGUUCCAAGCCUGCGGACACAGAUGCCACUGACUCCACGACCAUGUACGCCGAGGUGGGCCCUUCCCAGCAGCACCGAGUGGUAAAACACGUAAAAAUGGUCUUGCCCCAGCGCGUCCCUAACGGAACGAAAGCCAACCCCGCGGACGAGGGAUCCGCCACAACCAUUUAUUCCCUGGUCAAGCGUCCGGAGCAGGUGGAUGUUGGGAUGGCAGAAAAUGCCUCCAUGACCGGCCUGGAGCUGGUCUAGAAGGACCUAGAUCUGGUCUAGAAGGACCUGGAACCGGUUUAAAGGAAAAUAAAGUGAUUUAAAGGACCUGGUUUAAGAACAUGAAACUCUUUCUCAAAAUAUGGAAGUGAUUUAAAGGCCUGAAGCUCUUUUAAUGAGUGUGGACCUUGCUUUACAAGAAACCAGAACCGAUUUAGAAGAAGCUGGAACUGGUUUAGAAGAAAUCAGAACUGAUUUAGAAGAAGGUGGAACUGGUUUCAAAAGACCUGGAACUGGUUUAGAAGGAUCUGGAACUGGUUUAAAGGGUCUCCACUCCCUGGCCAGAUGGAUGGACCCCACAAGGUGACUCCAGAACAGCUCCAGCAUCCCCAGCCCUGCUCCAGACCUGGAUCUCACGGAUCUCCCCCUCUUGGAAUCUUCCUUCUCCCCUCAUCUUUGCUGCUUCAUUUUCCCUCUCUUUGGGAUUUCAGGGAGGAUUUUUGGGAACUUUCUCCGUGGUUUUGGCAGCUCUGGGGGAUUCAGGCUCCUUUUCCCACCGUCUCCCACCAGAAUUUGGACCAAAACUCUGCCACAGCCGUGGGGACUCCCAGACAGGCUGGAGGAGACUCUUCAAAGGGUUUUUCCAUGGAAUCCCAGAAUUCCUGGGGUUGGAAAAGCCCUCCAGAACCACCAAUUCCAACCUGGGACCAAUCCUGUUUACCCAGAUCAACAGCCAGUGGGUUCCUUGGAUGGGGGCUCCAAACCAGCCCCUUUUUGGGUGAAAGACCCAUUUUUUAAAAGGAAUUAUCUCAGGGAACCCAUGGAAACUAAUUUUUUGCAAUUUUUUUUUUUGUAAAUGACUUAUUUGUAAUUUUUUUUCCCCUCUUCUGCUGCAUUUUGAGCCUUGCAAAAACUUCAGCUUCUUGCAGGGCUGAAAACAACCAAAAAUAACGCCAGGAAAUAGAAACGAGAACAACAAGAAGCGAUGUUGUUCGUGUGACAGCCGUGUGGUUUCAGCACCUGUUCCCUUUCCCAACCCCAAAACCUUCUAAAUUUUACCACACUCCCCUCCCCCAAAAACCCUCAGCCCCCCCAGUCCCUGCAGGGUCGAGGUUCGGGAUUUGGGAUCUGGGAUUUGGGGUGGAUCUGAGGGAAAACGGGACAUGGAGAGUGACUUGGGUGAGUUUGCAUGUGGGGUUUGGAAUUUGGGUGAAGGAUUUGGGCUGCUGGAGGUGGGAGGAUUCCCAGCAGGAAUCUGGGGAUCCCAGCAGGAAUCUGGGGAUCUCAGCAGGAAUCCAAGAAGAAAUCCCAGCAGGAAUCUGGGGACCCCAGCAGGAAUCUGGGGAUCUCAGCAGGAAUCCAAGAAGAAAUCCCAGCAGGAAUCUGGGGAACCCAGCAGGAAUUUGGGAAUCCCAGUAGGAAUUUGGGGAUCUCAGCAGGAAUUUGGGGACCCCAGCAGGAAUUUGGGAAUCCCAGUAGGAAUUUGGGGAUCUCAGCAGGAAUUUGGGGACCCCAGCAGCAAUCUCCAGGAGCAGAAUGAAUUCCUUUGGAACAUGUACCCUGCUGAGGGACAAGGACAAGAGCAGGGGGCAUGGGACAAAUUUCCCCCUUUCCCUGCUCCCCAAACCCACCUGGAAACGGCAGAAAUCGCCCCAAAAUGAGGAACUGGCCUGGAUUUUCCAAUGCCUCCGGAAUUCUGGGAAUUCUCUUCCCGCCCGUGUCUCUUCCCGCCGCUCUUUGUCUGUGCCGUGGUGAAUUGUUCACGGAUGGAACUGAAGCUUCCUUUGAAGUGUCUGCAAUAAGAAUUCCUGGCGCAUCCAGCGCCGUUCUUGGCUGCACCUUAUUUUUGGAAAUAAAACAGUUUUUUUUUAGUAAAUUCUGAAUAAUUUGUGUUUUCCCUGUGUUCCCCCCAUGUUUUUGAAUAUUUGGAAUAUUGUUUUGAGUUAAAAGCAACUCAGGUUUUAUAGGGGUGGGAUUUGCCCAAAGGUUCUCCAAAUCUGUCGCGGGAAAUCCCAUCCUUGGC